UCGAAAUACAUGUGUUGUGAAAAAAAUAAUUUUUUUAUCAAUUGUUUUUAAUUGUUUUAAGUGAAACUGAACUCUUUUUUAAUUUGUAUAAAAUAAGACAGUUUUCAUUAUUUCUAGUUUAUUUUUGAAUAUUUGACUGAGACCUGAUCAAAGGGCAUCAUUGAACAACGAUGAAGAACGGAAAGAACCCGCUUCCGGGCUUAGUCCUGGGCUUGAUGAGUAUCGGUGUAUCAAUUACGUUAAUGUUCUUCGAUCCAGUAAUACCUAUUACAUUAUUUUAUUCCCGAGCAGCCAAUGGUACGCUUACUCACAACGCCAUGAUGGAAGUUAUAGAAGGUAUACACAUAUCGGCGUACCUGUUCAACAUUACCAACGCCGAGGAGUUCACGUCCGGAGAGCAUGAUAAGCUGAAAGUGCAAGAAGUCGGGCCGUUUACUUAUAGUGAGGUUCGAACGAAUAAAAACUUUGUGAUAGAUGAAGAAGCUGAAGAAAUGAGGUAUACUCCUCGAAUUGAUGUGAACUUCAUACCCGAGGCGUCUGUGGGAAGGCCUGAAGAUAUAGAUGUCACGUUGGCGAAUAUCGCAAUGUUGAGCAUAGCCUCCAAAGUGGGAGCCUACUCCUACUUUCCUCAACUAGCCUUCAACCUUCUGGCAUCGCAACUGAACUCCAAGCCUGUAGUAACGAUGAGAGCAAAGGACUACCUCUGGGGCUACGACGAGCCUCUUAUAAGAUUAGGGCAUAAUAUUAUACCAGGGAUAAUAAACUUCGAUACAUUGGGAAUUUUGGAUAGGCUUUAUGAUAAAAAAGCGGUCUAUGACUAUGUGGUGAGCGCUAAAAACUCAGACAAGUUUGCCAUUAAGUCUGUAAAUGGAAUUGAAGGUCUUGAAAUGUGGAAUUACGAAAAUCCCAAGAAAAGGUCCAAAUGCAACUCAUUUAUAGACGCAUAUGAAGGUAUCAACUACCCCACAAUGAUGACCUCAGAAACACCUAUAAGAAUAUACAGAAGUAUUCUCUGUCGAAUUCUGGAAUUGGAUUAUUUUGACACGAUAACAACUGACUAUGGAGCCAAGGGUCUGGUCUACCGAAUUAGUAACAGAACGUAUACGACAAAUAACGAUACGAAAUGUCUUUGUAUUGGAGAAUGUCAAGAGUACAUUUCUCAUCUGUCACCCUGCUUUUUUGGUCUACCCGUGGCUCUAUCUAAUGCACAUUUCCUGUACGCCGAUCCAGAAAUUUACAGCAAAAUAGAAGGAAUUCAACCUGACGAAGAGAAACAUGGCAGCAAUAUACUAAUUGACCCGAUAAUGGGCUUGGCGUUGAAAACCGAAUUUUCAGUACAACUAAACGUAGUGGUUGAUGAUGUGACUUUCAACAGUGACGCUAGAAGAUUCUCAAAAAUGCUGGUACCAGUGGGGUAUUUCAAAAUUGUGCAGCCACCUCUUAAAAGCAGUCUGAUAUUUCAACUGAGAUUGGUAUAUGUCUAUGGACCAUAUUUGGUGUUAGCAGUACAAAUUAUUUUCUUGGUUCUCGGCUUAACAAUAUUGGCUUAUUCUCGUCGGAACAUGAAUUGCGGAUUACUUUAUCUCACACAAAAGGAAAUUACUUUUCAUUUGAGCACAGCGGAGAAAGCUAAAGUCGAACAGCCAUUGAUUUAUUGAAAACAUUGACAACAGGAAAUUGAGAAUUCGUUAUUGAAUGACACCUCUGGUUGUUUUACAAGUGUGAUAAGCAGUAAUGCGUUUCGAUCUGAAGGGCGGGACAGCCGUUGCACUGUAAAAGCUGAGACUUAGAACUCAUAUCUCAAGGUGGGUGGUGGCAUUCAC